AUGGAUCGUAAAGUGAGUGCUGAGACUACAGGCGCUACUCGGCCCAGCUUUAAGGCUUGGGCUUGGGGUCAAUGCACCAAGAAGGUCAGGAUUGCCCUGAAAUACGGGACCCGCUAUGGUGCCUCCCUCUGGAAAAUGGUGAAGAAAAUUGAGGUCAGCCAGCACGCCAAGUACACUUGCUCCUUCUGUGCCAAGACCAAGACGAAGAGACGAGCCGUUGGCUUCUGGCACUGUGGCUCCUGCAUGAAAACAGUGGCCGGUGGGGCCUGGACCUACAAUACCACUUCUGCAGUCACAGUGAAGUCUGCCAUCAGAAGACUGGAGGAACUGAAAGACCAGAAGAAGCCCUACCGUCUGAGACCUGCCAGGCCUGCACUAAAUGGGCUAAUUUACAGGAAAGGGGAAAAAAGAAAAAGAAAAAGAAAAAAUGGUUAA